AUGGUCGACGAAAGAAGAAUUCGGUUGAGGGGUUGGAGAAUGAGAGGGGUUUGGUGUGAUCAUAUGGAAGACAUUUUUUAUGUCACUACUAGCUACUUCACCUCUCUUUUUUGGUCUUCAGGUGCAACAACCAACGAGGAGAUCCUGCAAGCCAUUGAUCGUUGCGUGACGCCGAUGGAUAAUGAGAUGCUCUGCCGCAACUUCACCCCCGAGGAAGUCACCCAAGCUUUUUCGCAAGUCAACCCUUCGAAAGCACCAGCCAUUGUUAAUCAGUUAAAGCCUUUGAUGUCUGUUUGCAUUGCGGAAAACCAAUGUGCAUUUGUCCCCGGUAGACGCAUUUCCGAUAACUUUUUAGUUACCCAUGAGCUUAUCCUUUACCUAAAGGGCUCAAAAAAUGGCCCUAAUAAGUGGGCGGCUAUUAAGUUAGAUAUGGAAAAAGCCUAUGAUAGAGUUGAGUGGGAUUUCGUUCUUAAUGUCAUGCUUCGUAUGGGAUUUAAUGUUUUGUUUGUUUGUAUCAUACGUAAGUGUAUUAGCACUGUUUCCUUUCAAGGACUUUCAGCAUUGCUUCUUGUGGCUCAAAGGAGAAAUGAACUUAAGGGCAUUCGUGCUAGCCUUCGAGGACCGAGGAUCUCAUACUUACUUUAUGCCGAUGAUAGUAUCAUCCCCAAUACACCAGUUGCGGAUCUCUUGAUCUUCUUGAAUUUGCUGGGAGUUGUGGAGUCUCUUGAUCCAGGGAAUUAUCUUGGGUUACCUCUUACUGUGGGAAAAGACAAACGAGCGGCAUUCAAUUUUAUUGAAGACAAGACGGUGAAGAGAAUUCAAGGGGUUAUUGAGGAUAUCAAGUUUCAAUCGAGGUCUUAUUGGUGGUCAUGGAAGCAUGAUACUAGAGGCAAUCAGGUGUGGAGACUCAUUCACGACGAGGAGUCUUUAGCCUUUAAGGUUCUUAAAGCUAAAUACUUCCCAUGCACGAAUUUUCUCGAUGCAAAACUUGGGGAUAUGCAUUCUUAUGCUUGGGCAAGUAUUAUGAAGGCCAAUGAUGCGCUUAAGGAUGGCUUUUUCUGGAGGGUGGGGAUUGAUAGCAAGGCUAGACUGUUCUCGGAUAACUGGGGGGAUUCUGGACUAAUUCGGUGGAAGGAGAGGUACUUGGACAGUGCAGACCAACCAGUAAGGGUGGCGGAUUUCUUGCUUCCAGGAUGCCCCAGAUGGGACGAACUCAAAGUAAGAAGAGUACUUUCCAGUGAAGAUGCAUCACAGGUGCUCAACACGCUGAUUGCACCGGUUCGUAGUGCGGGGACAAAACUAAAACAAGCUAAUCUUAGGGAAGGUCUUUGUCAACUUUGUAAUAUUGAGCUUGAGUCGGCGUUGCACGCGAUUAAAGACUUCCCCAAAUCGAAGAUGAUUCUUUUGAUGUCGGGCUUCUCUCAAGAGCUUGUUGUCUGGGAAGGAAAUUCAUGCCUACAAUGGAUCACGCGUGUUCAAUCCAAGUUAAACCGCGAAGGGUUUGAUUUGUUCCUCACCUUGUUAUGGAAUAUUUGGAACCAUAAAAAUAAAUGGAUUCAUGGUGCGAAGCUUCAAUCGGACAGAGACAUUAUUUCUAAAGCCUGGAACCUUAUUGGGGAGUUUAAGCAGGUCUCUAAACCUCUUGACUGUACAACUGGUGAAAACCCUCCCCGCAUACCUCGAAAGUAG